UUUCAUUUUCUCCGCUCCCGCGGCUGCAGGACUUGUUGGCUCAUGGAGCUGAGUUGCAACGUCGGGGGACGCGGCGGCGGCGGCGGCGGGCAGCCGGUAGCGGGGGCGGCGGCGGCGGCGGGCAGCCCUGCACCGUCAGGCGCGCCCGGGCUCCUGAUGGAUGGCGAGAGUCCCGGCAAGGAGGAGGACUACGAGAGCCUGCCGCUGAGCGCCUCUCUGGGCACCCACAUGACGGCAGGGGCGGUGGCCGGCAUCCUGGAGCACACGGUCAUGUACCCCGUGGACUCCGUCAAGACCCGGAUGCAGAGUUUGCAGCCUGACCCCAAAGCCCAGUACAGGAGUGUGUUUGAGGCCUUGACAAGGAUUGUCCGCACCGAAGGCUUCUGGCGACCCUUACGAGGAAUCAAUGUGACUGUGAUUGGGGCCGGCCCAGCUCACGCACUGUACUUUGCCUGCUACGAAAAAAUGAAACGCACUUUUAGUGACAUUCUUCACCACAGAGGGAACAGCCACCUGGCCAAUGGGAUGGCUGGCAGCUUGGCCACGCUGUUGCACGACGGCGUCAUGAAUCCCGCGGAAGUGGUAAAGCAGCGCAUGCAGAUGUUCAACUCUCCGUACAAGGGUGUCUUGGAGUGCGUCGGGACGGUUUGGCGGACCGAAGGCUUGGGAGCCUUCUACCGGAGCUACACCACGCAGCUCACCAUGAACGUCCCUUUCCAGGCCAUCCACUUCAUCACCUACGAGUUCACGCAGGAGCAGAUGAACCCCCUUCGGCAGUACAACCCUCUCACGCACAUUGUUUCGGGCGCCGUGGCGGGGGCCGUGGCUGCGGCUGCCACGACACCUCUGGACGUCUGCAAGACCCUCCUCAACACUCAGGAGAACAUGGUCUUGAGUUCGGUGAACAUCAGUGGGCAUCUCUCGGGAAUGGCCAAUGCCUUUCGGACGGUGUACCAACUCGGCGGCAUUGCUGGGUAUUUUAAGGGGGUUCAGGCACGUGUGAUUUACCAGAUGCCUUCCACUGCCAUUGCCUGGUCUGUGUAUGAAUUUUUCAAGUAUGUACUUACAAAGCGUGAGCUGGAGAAAGGAACGCCAUGCUGACAAAGCUGGUAUAUGGCACUGGCCCAUCGUAAGCUCUGGGGCACCUCCUGCUCCGUGCCUGUGACAUAAAUUUUCUGGCUGAUUCACAACCGGGUUCUCGGUGUGCGUAUAUCUGUGUUUUGAGAUGCGGGAGGAAUCUUUGCCUGUCCUCCUCCUCUUAAACCAAAUCGUUCAAGGACUCUUAUUUUAAGAAAGGAUUUAUAGUUGUUUGUUUCCUAUGGAGUUGAUAACUGUGAUAGGAAUUUUUAAGCAAGGGUGUACUUGUUUCUUUACCGGAUUGGCAGAGUGAGCUUCCCUGGAUGUGCUUUUUUAUUGCAUGGGGAGAGAAUUCUUGUGGAUUGGAUUUUCCCAUGCAUCUUGAAAAUAUAAAAGUAGACACCCUUUUUUAGCCAAAUGAAGUUUUAUAGAGAGAAAAGUUAUGUGCUAUAAAUAGAUGGAUAAUGUUUAUCCUUUAUUUUUCUAUAUAGAUGCAUCAAGUGGUUUUCAAAGAGUUACAGCUGGGUGCGUGUGUUUCUGUCUUGAAGACACAAUCCUAUGCAUGUUUAGAUUAGAAAAAGGGCCUAAACUUCCAUAGGAUUGCACCAAAUUGUGAAAAGCACCAGUAUUCUGCCUAAACCAGAAUUGCUUUAAUCCCAGCCUGUUGCCCCUGGCAUUGGGGGCUUCCAGACUGAUAGUGCUGGCGGCUGAGAUGCAUUAAGCAGUGUUUCCAUUUUCAUCCCCUGCCUCCAACCCCAAAGUGGAGGCAGGCGGAUGGCUUGACGAAAGUCUCAUCUGGAAGCCCCAUGCAGGGAGAGGCUGUCGUGCGUUUUCCCCUCUCUUUCCCCCAAAGUCCUUAGUAGCUCUUUCAGCAUCCAACUUGAAGACAUGCUAAAGGGACUUAAGGCUCUGAAAUUCUGAGAGUCUGAGAGCCUUACCCGAGUCUUUUUCCUUUUAGCAUGUCAGGAUCAGUGGCCGUGUCCCAGAAAAUCAGCCAGUUUCUUUCUGCUACUAAAUCUUAACACUCUGAAUGAACACUUAAAAAGUCUAAAGGUACUUAAAAGCAACAACACGGCAGAUAGGCAGACUGCAUCUCAGUUUUUGUAUCGGUGUUGUGGCUUUUUAACUUAUUUAAAAGUUAAAUACUACUUUCGGCAAAGACUGCAGUUUUGCACCUCCUCCUGUUGGGAGCCGGACUUGUCGGCGAAUUCUAUUGCACAAACGUGUGUAAAAAUGAACAGCUGCAAGAGUAUGCGUGGAUGGGCAUCAAGUUUACACUUCUGUACGAGAACUCGCUUUGAAUCACUUCUGGUAGAAGAAAAGACAAGGCAAAACUGACAGGAGAACGUGGGACGGCAGCUGCCUGUUGAGGUGCAGUGAUGAACCCUUGGAAAUGAAAAGCCUUAGCAGAGGAGAAUGUAAAGUCAAACAUCUCCAAAGCCGUGUGUGUGUGUGUGUGUGUGUGUGUGUGUGUGUGUGUGUGUGUAGUUCACACAAAUGAAGGUGUGUAGUUUUUGGUGUGUAUGCUAGCACUUGCAAUAGGUAUCUGUGUCUACUGCACUGAAACAUUUGUGGGAUUCACAGAAAUGUUUUGCUUGUCCAAACAGUCAGUUUGCAAAUUGGGAUGGUCUCAUUUUGCCUGCUGCAACCCAUUUUCUGCAAAACGGAAAAUUCUAGCGGAGGAAGCUUUUUUGGCUCUGUUUUCCAAAAAAGCUCCUUUGACCUAAGCUGAAAAGUGUAUGAUAGGUCAUUCAAAAUGGGCUGUUUCUUCAAAUGUGUCUGUCUGGAUGCAUAUACUUUAUAAGCUUGCAAGUAGUAGAUGUAAAGAAGGGAGCCUACAGCUUUUUGUAGGAGUCCCAGUACACUAAUACCUCAUUAUUGGCUGUGGAGGCAGGGGCUGGUGGGUGUUGUAGUCCGAAACCGCUGGAAGGCCAUCCCUAGUCUGGCUUGGUUGCUGUGGGUUGCUCCACCUCGCAGCCCCCCAGUUGCUUUCGGAUUUCGCUUCCUGUCAGUUCCAGCCUGCUCGGCCAGUGGUCAGGAAUGUUUCGAGUUGUCAUUCAAAACAUUUGGAGGAGGACGGCUGGCUGCCUUUCUAUUUGAAGAGGAAAAACUUGAACCCCAUGGCUUUAAGUGCUGUCCUUCGUGGAUUAAUAUGCUUCCAGGUAUCUCUGCCAGUGAUGAAGAGUGGAACAAGAAGAAACCUUGUGGCUCGUUAUGGGGGUUUGGAGCUUUUCACUGCUUUUGUUUUACCCCAUUUCCCACCUACUAUAUCUGCGGCAGAAUGACAGGUUAUGCUUAAUUCAUGCUGCUCCUUGGAACAUGAAAGCAAAAGCCCCCACAUCUGGAAUCACCCUUUCUCUUGAUUGGCUGCAAAAUUGAGCCAGGUAGCUGAUAUUUUGGCAUCCAUUUAAAAGAGUUAUCAUUGUGUAAAAAGUCAUCAAGUUUGCCAGUUGAAGGGUAAUCAGUCUGAAAAACGGCAUCCUUCCCUGAAAGCUGUUCACCAUUUAAUUGGCUGUUUAAAAAAACAAACUAUAAACUGUAUCAGGCAACUUUUUACAAACAACUUCUUGCUUCUUCUUUUUCAUUAGAAAACUUUACAGCUUUUUCCCACCCCCAGUUGUGUGUGUUCUUAUCUGGACUGUCUUCUCCAAACUAGUGCCUGGCAGGUAUGUUGGACUGUGUCUCCUAUGAAGCAGUGCAAAUUGCAGGCCGGACACAUCUGCCAGGCACAAGUUCAGGAAAAGGAAGAACGGUCCAGGGACCCUGGCAAAGGGACGAUUCUGUUUCUGACGGCCCAGUGGGAUCGCAGAGGUGUGCCCUUGAAUUUGCAAGAUGCUUCGUGAGUCACCACUUAAGUAUUUUUGAGAAUGCGUUCCUUAUUUCCUGACUUUUUUAGAAGCCGAACAGACGGGUAGCCUGAAGCCAAGCUUACAGUGAGAUGGGAACCUUCCAAAUAUUGCUUCUCAGUGAGUGAUUAUUGUGAAACUGAAGGUACUGCUCGAGAUCUGCAGUCGGGUUGGCUGCAGUUUUUUGCAUACUGGUUUGCGUGUAAUGUUUCCUUCCUGACUGCAGGCUUUGAUUACUCGGAGAUAAAUGCAAGGUACCGGACAUAGGCAGACCACUCAAAUAUUUCAACAACAUUUCUUGAAAUGUACUAUGGAGUAACUUCGUUGGGGAAUACCUAUGCUCCUUCCUUUUGAAAUACAUGAUAACCGAAGCUAUGCUGGCUACAAGCAGGAAUGCCAGCGUGCGUAAACUUGCAUUAUUUGGCCGGGGAAACAAAAUCGUUGUGCGUGCAAAUAUGUAUCAUGGGUAGUUGCUUGUUCAGCUCAAAAUAGACACGAAGUUUGGUUUGGUUUUGAUUUUUGUUUUAGAAUGAACGUCUUCUAUGUUGUUCAGGUGGCCUUUGCAGCAUUUGAAAACCCAAGGGGAAGGAUGCUUCUGCUUUGGUGUCAUAUGAACAAACGUGGUUUGUUCCUUCAAGCCUACCUUGUUCCUGAAGAUGGAAUUCCAGGCAGUUUCUAUUCCACAGAGAAGUGAUUUGUCAAACAUGCAGAAAUGUCCCUGCACGUGAACAACCAGCAUGCCAGGAAGGCUUCAUAGCCUGACAGUUUAGCGUUCUUUUUGCAGAGGAGCUAUUAAGUGGAUUAAUAUUUGAUCAGUGAACCUGCCUCUGGAGUCUGAAGUGGGCAGAACCCAGACAUGGGUUUAGCACCUUCAUGAGAAAUAGAUCCUAGAAAACUCAGGACCAAGUCAGGGAUGCUUUCAGGAUUCAUGCCUAGCUUUGGGGUGGGUGGGGAAUGCCUAGCUGAUCUCUCCCCCACCCGGAUCAGUUGAACAACCCCCAGCCCCUUUUUGCUAAUAUUUGUUUUUGAAAGCAGAAUGUAUAAAUUGCUUUUAAAACUUUUGUCUUCACAAGCAGUUUGCUGGGAAGCGGGUGUUUAGACAGAAAUAGUUUUCCGACACGCACAAGCCCAAGUCCGCCUUGAGUGCACUGUGCACAGAAUUGGGAACUAAGUCCAGGUUUCUUUGUCCAGCUUAGAGUUGGUUCACCCGUUAGUAGAUAAGGGUUAGUCUUCCACUACAGUUAUGUGCUGCAAGGGUCUGCAGUCGAGCUGCAGCUGGCUACGUAUGCCAAAUCCAUGUGUCAUCACUCUGUGUUUCAUUCCUGAGCAGCUACAAAACCCUCUGACAAAAGCAAUGCCUGGAGCAAUCUUCCAGUCCAGUUGGAAAAAGCUGCCACAGAGAAAGACUCAGUUUGGAGUUGACUCAGGGCCCUUGUUGGGUUGGUAAGAGGAACUAAAAAGAGAAAAGAGCUCAAGCUAGCCAAUCAGGGAUCCAGCCCAGUAGCAUCCCUGAUUGGUAUUCCUCCAAAACAUAGGCACAAGAUGAUUGGAGUUGCUUGGGGUGGAGAAGUGGGCUUGUGCUGUUUGUGGCUUGUACCGACGUCCGCAAGUGCACUCAGCAGCCGGAGGAACCCAACAUGACCCAGCUCAAUGGCUUGCUGGCUAGAUUUCUUUGUUCAAACAUUGCAUGGGAAUGGGCAAAUUGGUAUCUUUAAACACAGCUCUCCCACAGCCCUAUGAAACUGAAACUGGGUGUUUGAUUCUAAAAUGCAGAAGGGUCAAGGUAGGACCAGGGUCUCUUCUGCCACCUGCUUGGCAAAGCCCCCCCCCCCCCGGCAGUCCAUGAAGAUCAAUAACUCUACGUGGGCUGUUGUCCUAUAAGUGAGCUAGAUGUAAGGAGAAGAGGUGGUGUUCCACAGUGUUCUCAAAGGCCUGUAAGACCCUUAUGCUGCAUAAGGUGGCUGAGUGCCAGGAGGUGUGUUGCUUGGAGCCAAGAAUGGAUCCUUCAGUGUAUUUAUUGCUUAGAACCACCUGGAUUUCAGUUACAGUGUGGUGCAGUGGUUCAGAGUGCGGGUCUGGGACUCAGGUGAUCUGGGUUCUAGUCUCCGCUCAGCCAUGGAGCCAACUGGGUGACUUUGGGCCAGACCCUCAGUCCAACCUACCUCACAGGGUUGUUGUUGUGGGGAUGAGAUCAGGAGAAGAAGAAUGAUGUAAGCCUUUUUGAGUUUUUUUAAACAAGAGAAAGGUGGGAUAGAAAUCUAAAAAUAAAUGCAUACAUAAAUACAUUUCCUCCUUGCUUGGGCCUUGCUUUGUAUCUGUUUGGGCAUGUUCAUGGGAUGUGGCCCUAGCAGUUGGGUUGCAGGGGAGAUGGACAGUCCUUGGUGGCAAAUCCAGGUUAACUCUGAUAAAUGUGGUGCUCAUUGUUUUAAAUAAAAGUGUAUCCUGCUGAAAACGCACAUUAAGCUUAAGGUUGGGUGGCCGAUCUGAGGUAUGUUCUCUAGAACAGCCUUCCCCAGUCUGGUCUCCUUCAGUUCUUUUGGGCUUAAACUCCCAGCAGCCCCAGCUAACUUGGCCAAUAGCUGAGAAUAUUGGGAGCUGAAGCAGCAGGCUGGGGAAGGCUGCUUUACGAUUGCCUACAAUUCCCAUUAUCCCUCACCUUGGGACAUACUGGCUAGAGCUGGUGGGAGUUACAGGCUGAAACAUCUGGAAGGUUGCCAAGUGACCAUUCCUGCUGGAAGGCCAUGCUGAGUUGGCACUGUUUGCAGGCCUAGAAUUCUCCAUAAGAAAUGAAACUAUCUAGCAGCUCAAAUGUUGUGUGAAUGUUCUUUACAAAUAAAACUUUGUAUAUGUGGAAGCGCACACACUGCUGCUUUGUAUGCUGCAAACGCACAUUUUUAAAGAGUGAAUGUUUAAGUUUCUAUUUGCUGUUGUAAAAUUGCCUUUUAUUUACCUAUUUUUAUUUUGAAAAAAGAUUGUACAUGUAUAUAAAUAUAAAUAUAUAUGUAUAUGUAUAUUUAACAGGCAGAGAAUCGUAUUUCAGAAAUGCUGCUACAGUUGAAACACUGGAGCUCAAGAAAUAAAAAAGUAUUUUGUUUGCCAGA